AUGGCAACAGAGUUGCGCACAGAUUCAUCGGAUUACAGAAUAGAACUUCUUUCACCAGCAGCAGAGAAUGGGACAGUAACAAGAGGGCCAUCAUGGCGCCUUAAUUUCGAUGAACAUCGUCUGUCGGAAAAGACUACUGAUUCGCACAUUGGCAUUGGGAAAUUUAUUCGCACCAUAACAAAGCAGAGGAAAAUUGCAAAAUAUUACAAGGCCCAGGAAAAGCUUCUUCAAGAUUUCAAUGAGGUUGAUGCAUUCACUGAAUUGGGCUGCUUGCCUGGGAGUCUCACAGAGGAUGAAAGGAAACAGGUUGCUAGAAGAGAGAGGAUGGCAAUAUAUGCAUCAAACAUAGCUAAUCUUGUGCUUUUUAUAGCCAAAGUUUAUGCUUCUGUAGAGAGCAGAUCAUUGGCAGUCAUUGCAUCCACAUUGGACUCACUUUUGGACCUCUUAUCUGGAUUUAUAUUGUGGUUUACGGCUUAUGCUAUGAAGAAACCUAACCUGUAUAGAUAUCCCAUUGGCAAGAAUCGAAUGCAACCAGUCGGCAUAGUUAUUUUUGCAUCUGUAAUGGCAACCCUUGGACUACAAAUAUUGUUCGAAUCUGGUCGAGAACUCAUUAUAAAGUCUCAGCCUGAACGAGAUCCAGAAAAAGAGAAAUGGAUGAUAGGGAUCAUGGUUUCAGUCACUGUAGUGAAGUUUGUCCUCAUGGUUUACUGCCGGCAGUUCAAGAAUGAAAUUGUUAGAGCUUAUGCGCAGGACCAUUUCUUCGAUGUUAUUACUAACUCUAUUGGUUUAGCAACAGCGGUCUUAGCCAUUCGAUUUUAUUGGUGGAUCGAUCCUCUUGGAGCCAUACUGAUUGCCUUAUACACAAUGGGGACAUGGGCAAGAACGGUGAUGGAAAAUGUCAAGGCAUUGAUUGGAAGAACAGCACCUGCAGACUAUAUAACAAAGCUGCUUUAUCUAGUUUGGAAUCAUCACAAAGAAAUCAAACACAUUGCCACAGUUAGAGCAUACACUUUUGGUUCUCAAUACUUUGUGGAGAUUGACGUAGUUUUGCCGGGAGAUAUGCCUCUUGCUAAAGCACACAACAUUGGUGAGACGCUACAAGAAAAGUUGGAACAGUUACCUGAAGUCGAGCGAGCUUUCGUGCACACAGACUUUGAGUCUAUUCAUAGGCCAGAACACAAUCAUAAAACCAAAUGA